UCUCUUACCCAGAAAAUCCCGCCCCAGCCUGCUCGGAAUUGACAGGAGCAGAGAGAGAAGACGGGAGGCGCGCUGGGCACGGGGGGCAUGGCGGAGCAGGGCGGGCACCAGGAGGAAGGCAAAGUCUUAUCCAACCAAUUUUCACGGCAGGAGCAGAGGACGGGAGAAAAACGCCAGUGGAGGGAUGGGACCGUUGAACUUAAAUGGUACACAAUCCUCAUUCCGAGCACCGCAGGGAUUAUCCUAAUAGUGGUGCUCAUUGCUCUAGCAAGUAAGACUUGUCCUAAAUGUGAUGAAACUUGUCCAGAUGGUUGGCUGCAGCUCAGAAACAAGUGCUACUCAUAUAAUAAUGGAAACAUUAAUUGGCCCAAGAGCAAAGAAGUCUGUAAAUCCCAAGGCGCUAAUCUAGUUGUGAUUGAAAGCCAUCAGGAGCUGUCAUUUGUUCAGAAAUUCAAGGGUCACUGGAUUGGUCUCUUCAGGGAAAAUGGAAAACUCUUCUGGGUGAAUGGAGUUCCACUAAAUGAGAGUCUGUUUCCAGUCACCGAUCCUGGAAACUGUGCUUACAUCUCUACAAAUAAGAUUGCUACAAAUGGCUGUAACGAAUCCAAGCCCUUUGUUUGCAGCAUGAGUCUGACUGUGACAUGAGGGAGGAAGAGAGUAGAGAUGGGACCAGUUGGAAACCUGUAAACAGGGAGGAGGAGGAGGAAAGUCAGGAGCCCUCUCUUCAGCGUGACUGGGAUUGUUAGCUCCUUCACUAGACUGUGUAAGCUUGUUGCGGGCAAGGAUUGUGUCUACCAACUGAAUUCUUCUCUCCCACGCACUUGGAAUGAUGCACUAUGAAUGGUAACUGCUCAGUAGAUACGGACUGACUGGUAGCGGUGAGUCCAGAGUUGUGGAUAUGGUGUGGAGUGUGAAUAAAGGCCUUUUAUGUUUGUGUACA